AGAGAGAGAGAGAGAGAGAGAGAGAGAGAGGUAGAUGAAGGAUGAGGGACAAGCAGCUUUCAUUCUUUUAACUUCCACUGGGGCCUGCUUGUGUAGGCCUAAGGUGGAGUCUGGGUGGCCUCUUAGCUUGAUCAGGUGGAUUAUUGACCUUGCAGUUUCCUCAUGAACUGCUGGCAGGAAGCCAGAAGGCUGGGCUCCACCCCUGCCUCCCGUUGUGAAACGGGAAUUCCUUGUAAAUCCUCCCCUGCCUUACCCCUUAAAGCUUUGCCCCCAGUUCCUAAGGCCCGACAUACAAAUUCACCAGGUUCUAGGUUCCAGCAUUUUUAUUGGCUGCUACUAAUUCUGGUGUGAGAACACCCCCUCCUCCUGCCCAGCUGGGAGUGUGCCUUCUAGAAGCAUCCGGGCUCAGGUGGGACUGCUUAGUGGUUCACUCUUGGCUGGAGAGGUGGCAGGGAUGAGGAUGGUAGGCUGCAGAAUUUAUGCCUUCUACACACAGCAAAACAGUUCCCACAUGUUUGGCUCUUCCCUAUAAUGGAACGGCACUCUCCAUGCCCCUGGGGCCUCCUACUCCCUCAGUGUUGAGGUCUUCUUUGCAGAGUUGUGCUGGUCAGCAGAUUCUGAGAGCACAAGCUCCACGGUGGGCCCUGGUGUGGAUGAGACACAUGGCUUCUGUUCGGAAUUCACUGGAGGGAAAAGAAAAAGUACUGAAGAAACCUCCAGGAUGGGAGGAGGGUGAAGCUGCAGCUAGUGUCUGUAGUGCCUCCACCUCUGACAAGUGCCUGCGGACACAUCAGGAGCGUGAGAAGGCUAGCCAAACACUUUGCUCUCCCAAGUCCACCCUGACCUCCAUCCUCCCCAGACUCACUUCUGCCGAAGACUCCGCAGCUCAGCCCAGAAUUCCUCAUCCUCCCCACUGCUCUCUGAUUCCUCACUGCUCAGACACAGGCUGCUGUAGGAGUAGUUCAUCCACACUGGGCUGGGAUGGCUCAGGGGUGGAGGGCUGCCCCCCACUCGGGGUUCCUUCCCAUCGUCCCCUUCCUCUUCGGCUCCAGCCCCCAGGCCCUCGGCUGCACGGUCACUUUCAGCCAGAGCCUCCCUGGCCUCUGGCCCGCCUCCAGUACUAUCCUCCGUGUCUGAGCUCUCCGAGGUCAGCUGAGGGGUUGGAGGUUUCAGGGAGCCAGAGAGAGUGGGGCAUGUCGGUUGCAGGGGAAGAGGCUCAGCUGGUUCCUUAGAUGAAGUCACUUGGAAACGCCCAACAAGCUGGGGCUUUCCCUCUGUAGUGAGACAAGGAAGGAGUCAUGAAAGAAGGAAGAGAAAUCAGUGGCAGGAUAUAAAGUGACUGUGGGACUUCCCUGGUGGCACAGUGGUUAAGAAUCCGCCGCCUGCCAAUGCAGGGGACACGGGUUCAAGCCCUGGUCCGGGAAGAUCCCACAUGCCACGGAGCAACUGAG